AUGUACUGGCCCUUUGGGACUCCGCGUAUCUAUGCCAGCAGCAGCAGCCGUACGCCAUCCAUCAAGCUUCUCCCAUCCAGCGACGGGCUACCGUCCCCUUCAGACGUCCCCAAUGCCUCUCCGGCGGAGUCGUAUACCAUCCCAUCUCGAGGAGCGGCGUCCGAACACGACCAGGUCGAACUCGCCGUUCCUACCACCCCAUUGACGCCUGUGACGCCCGCUGUUGCACCUGUCGACUAUGAGGAGGGAGGCGAAAGCCAUCAAGAUGCCGCUUCAAGGGACUCGAAGGAUAUCCAAGCUACACCCAUACCCAUCAAGGACCCUGUACUAGCCCUCCGCACCUCGAGGACCGGCCAUCUCUUCGCGACGAUUACCACCACAUUGAUCACUGUUUGGCAGACCAAGCCGACCGUUGUCCUCGCCAUCGUCGUCCGAUCCGAGUCGUCUUUGCACCUGUACGGCGACAAUGUCGACCUUUUCCUGCGCCCCGAUUCGGCCAUCCUCGUCGUCCGCACAGCAAACGGCUACCUUAUUACGUACUCUCUCGCGACCGACGGCGAAUCUCGCGUAUACCGCCCGCAUUUCCCCAACCACCACAACGUCCAGCGCCGGCGACAAGGACUUGUCGCUGGGCAGCAGGGCCUCGCCCCAGAUGACUUUGUGUGGGGGGCUGGCGAGGGCGCAGGGAUACGCGACAUUAGUGUGCGGUUUCGCAUGGUCAUCAAGGUCGACGCUGGGAUUGAGUCGGCACUUGCGUUGGACGACGAGCUCGUGGUCGCCACGCGCAAGCCCGCGGCGGUCCAGUGCAUCAGGUGGAGUCCAGACAGCAGCGGCAGUCAGACCCGGACGGAGCUGAUCAGCCGAAUGGGCUGGACCGAGAAGAAGGCGUCCAUUGUGGAAAUGACACACGACCGACCGAUGAACCUGUAUACGUGGAUCACCAGCGACGGAAGGGCCUACGCUGUCCAGAGGCACCGUCCUCGCCAAGGCGCCCCUGAAGAUGAUGCGGAUGCUAAGAAAUUGUUCAAAGGGCAUUGCUUCCAUAGCCCUUCCGACGCAGCGUCGCAUGCCGUCAAAGCUGUGAUCAACGCUCGAUUCUCGCUCAUAGCUGUUGGCUGUGUUGAUGGCAGUAUCCAAGUGUACUCCGUCAGAGACUACGAGGGCAACGUACCGCACUCCCACACGCACCGCAUACCCGUGUCGAUAGCAGCAUCGGGGGCCUUCACCAACCUAACCUACUCACCAGACGGCUACAGCCUCUUUGCCGGUUUCGCCAAUGGGUGGUCUACAUGGUCCAUGUUUGGAAAACUUGGAACGAACAGUUUCUCCUCCGAGGCCCAAAUAUCCCAGACAAACGGCGAAGACUGGCUGCAAGGUGUCAAGGCUGCUUCGUGGAUUGGCGGUGGUGCCGAGAUUCUCCUCAUCGGCCAGCAGCAUGAAGCUGUCUGGUCUCUCGAGAUGGCAAAGAGUGCCGUCACAGGCUGCUAUAACGAUUCGAAUGUCUUUCGCACGGUACUCCAGACACCGACCGGGAUCAUGGUAUAUCGCGGAUAUGAUCUGCCCGAUCUCACCAGUAUCUCGGCGGAGCCAUUCCUUUGGCAUAGCGCCCGAAUCCCAGCGACAUACCUGUUGAGGCAGUGGCCAAUCCGGCAGACCGUCAUUUCGCCCGACGGCAGAUAUGUCGCAGUGGCCGGGAAGCGUGGCCUCGCGCAUUAUAGUGUGAACAGUGGUCGGUGGAAGACCUUUACUAGCGAUGCCAUGGAGAACGACUUUCAGGUUCGCGGCGGCAUGUGCUGGCAUCAGCACGUCCUCGUGGCCGCAGUCGAGAGCAACAAAACUUAUGAGAUGCGGCUGUAUUCUCGCGAGGCGGCACUCGACUCAGCACAAGUUAUCCAUCGGGAGGCUCUGCCUGCACCGGCAGUUCUCAUCACGACUUCGGGUGAAGACUCGCUGCUCGUCUACACAUACGAAAACUUACUCUAUCACUACAUCUUUGUCCCUCAUGCGGGCUCUGUGCGGUUGAUCCAAGUCGGUCAAAUUGCUUUCCACGGCAUUGUGCGCUCACCAGCUCGCGUACGAGCCCUGAGCUGGGUCUUGCCGAACACUCAGCUGGUGGAUGGUGAUCCAUCGCAAGAUGUGGCUGUUGCGUCGGUGCUGUUCCUUGUGGAUGGCAAACUUGUUCUGCUCCGUCCAUCCCUAAACGACGAAGGGCAGCUGAAGUACGACAUGCGUGUCAUUGCACAGAAUGUGGAGUUCUUUGCCAACAUGAGGGAUCAGCCAGCUCUCAAUGCGAAUCAGCGGAUGGUUGGAGCCGCGGCAUCACCGCCCUCAGCACUCAAGGAGUCCUUGUGGGUCUUUGAUGGCGUCGAGCUCAAGGUCUGGCCUCAGUUCAGCGAGGUUCUGGAAGCAGCGUCGGGAGAGGCGCACAAGGACCUCCCACCAUGCGUGUCGGUCCCCGUAGACUUUUACCCAUUAUCCAUUUUACUGGAGAAGGGUGUUGUUCUAGGCGUCGAGUCGGAUCUCGUCCAGCGAAGGGACGUGUCGUUCUCCUUCUUUCACUUUGCGAUAAGGACACACCUACUCUUACCAGACAUAUUGCGUUUCUACCUACGAGAAAAUCGCAUCGACGAAGCAACAGCAUUAGCGCAGCAGUAUCAGCACCUAGAAUAUUUCGCCCACGGCCUGGAAAUGCUGCUGCACAGAGUGCUUGACGAGGAGGCUGACACUUCGCCCAGCCCAGACGAGGCUGUUCUACCACGGGUCCUAUCUCUACUAUCCUCAUUUAAAGAAUACUUGGACGUUGUGCUGCAGUGCACGCGAAAGACCGAGGUGCGCCAGUGGAAGACGCUGUUUGCCUAUCUUCCACCGGCGCAAGAAUUAUUCGAAGAGUCUCUCCAACGAGGCUCUCUCAAGACGGCCGGUGGCUAUCUGAUCGUGUUACACACGCUCGACGAACUCGACGCGGCCACGGAGCAACCCGUGCGCUUGCUGACCAGAGCCAUGAGUGAAGGGGAUUGGGACCUCUGCAAAGAGCUUGCGAGGUUCCUUGCCGCCAUGGAUGAGAAAGGCGAAGUGCUGCAGGAGGUCAUGAAGAUGGUCAACGCGACCACGCGACAGCCACAGAGCGACACCAUAGCCGGCCGCCUGGCCAUACCGUCGUCCAAGGGGUUGCGGAACGGAUCGAGUCCUGCAGACAGUGCAGAUGAGGACGGCACGCAGUCGAGCCAGCGGUCAGGCAGCGAUGCUGGCAGUGUGGCCUCGACCAUGAGUCCCAUCGGCGGACUCAGCUGA